CGUUGGACGCGUCAUGUGUGUUAAAUGAGCGGACUGCGGUGAUCUCAGGCGAGUUACACCGCUGCUAAUAUCGCGUAUAUAUAUAACCGUAAUCCCUUCUUUUGUGUCCCUCAUAUUGGAGAAAAUGUCCAACUAGCAUAACAUUUGUCCUUCAAUGCGGUACUUUUCUGUAGUUUUGCAAUUUAUUUAACCCGUGCACCGACGGCCUUCAUAAAGUUACAAUAAUUGUUCGAGAAAGUUUUUUUUUCUUGGUUCUGAGGCGCAACCAUGCAGCAGGAGCUUUUGUUCAAAGUCCUGGUCAUCGGUGACUUGGGAGUCGGAAAAACGUCCAUCAUCAAGCGGUACGUGCAUCAGAUCUUCUCCCAGCACUACCGAGCCACCAUCGGCGUGGACUUCGCCCUGAAGGUGCUGCAGUGGAACCCGGACACUGUGAUCCGACUCCAGCUGUGGGACAUCGCAGGACAGGAGCGUUAUGGGAACAUGACUCGUGUCUAUUACCGGGAGGCGGUGGGAGCGCUGGUGGUGUUCGACGUGACGAGGGCCUCCACGUUCGACGCCGUGCUCAAGUGGAAAGAGGACCUGGACUCCAAGGUGACCCUGAAUCAUGGCAGGCCGGUCCCAGCUGUGCUCUUGGCCAAUAAGUCAGACCAGCUGGCCUCCCAGCAGGCCUCCCAGCAGCCCAAACUCGACUCCUUCUGCAGGGAAAACGGAUUCGUCGGCUGGUUCGAGACUUCUGCAAAGGAAAAUGCAAAGAUCGAGGAGGCGGCACACUGCUUGGUGCAGCACAUCCUGCACAACGAGGAGAGCCUGGUGGUAGAACGAGAGCCCAGCUCCCUGGUUCUGUCUGCGUACACCAACACCACGAAGGAUCAUCUCCACUGCUCCGCAUGUACCAAAUGCUGACACCUGACCAAUCACAGACCACCAGGAAGUGAACCGCUGCCACUGAGAAAAGU